CCCCCCCUCCCCGGCCCCCCUCCCCGGCCCCGCGCACUGCUGCUGCUGCCGCCGGCGGCGGCAUGAGUCAGGUGUGAAGGCCUUGCCCGGGCGCGCGAUCCCCCCACGGCCGCCCUAGACGCACCGCCGAGCCCCCCACGGCCCCGGGGGUGCCGAGAGGAGGAGGCAGCUCUCGACCGUACUCCUGUGCCUUGCUGAGAUUUACACACGUAGAUAGGUAUAUCUAGGUAUACGUCUGUGUUCGCGCAGGCACGCGCAGAGGUGGUGGUAUUUUUUCUUCCUUUUUUUUUUUAAUUUUUUUUCUCCCCCCCUCCUUCCUCUGUGCCACUUUGCGUUGCCUUCAGGGAAUUUAACACCAAGCCGCUGGAGCAUUGCGCUGAAGACAGAAGAGGGAGAGCAGAAACCAAACCUGCAUCUAGGCUGAAAGCUGCAUCAAAAAAAAAAAAAAAGCCCUUUUAUUGCAAAGGAGAUUUUUUUUUUUUUUAAUUACUAGUAUUUUUAAUUGUGAGACAAGACGUGGGGGAGAAAAUAAGAAAAUAAACUCGGCGGAGGGGGGGGAAGGAUUUCCUAUUUAUUUAUUUUUUUCCUGCAGAGGUUCAUCCUCCUGCCCCCUGCUCCCCUGCCACCCCUGGCCACCACCUAAUCAUGAUGUUUCGAGACCAGGUCGGAGUGCUGGCUGGGUGGUUUAAAGGCUGGAAUGAGUGCGAGCAGACUGUUGCUUUGCUCUCCUUGCUGAAGCGAGUGAGCCGGACCCAAGCCCGUUUCCUCCAGCUCUGCCUGGAGCAUUCCCUCGCAGACUGCACCGAGCUGCACAUCCUUGAAGGGGAAGCCAACAACCCUGGAAUCAUUAACCAAUGGCAACAAGAAUCCAAGGAUAAAGUGAUUUCCCUAUUGUUAACCCACCUGCCUUUACUGAAACCAGGAAACAUCGAAGCAAAAGUUGAAUACAUGAAACUCUUGCCUAAAAUCCUGGCCCACUCGAUUGAACACAACCAACACAUUGAAGAGAGCAGGCAACUGCUGUCCUAUGCAUUGAUACAUCCUGCCACUUCGUUAGAAGACAGAAGUGCUCUCGCCAUGUGGCUCAACCAUUUAGAGGAUCGCACGUCAGGUAGUUUUGGCAGCCAAAACAGAGGUCGGUCCGAUUCUGUGGAUUAUGGGCAGACACACUACUAUCACCAAAGACAGAACUCCGAUGAUAAACUCAACGGAUGGCAAAACUCUCGAGACUCUGGCAUAAGUGUCAGCGCUUCCAGCUGGCAGGACAAAAACCUGGCGUGUGAGAACGGCCAUCUGCCCCUCUACUCCUCCUCCUCUGUCCCCACCACCAUCAAUACUAUCGGAACUAGCACAGGCACGAUUCUCUCAGGCCAGACACACCACAGCCCUUUGAAACGCUCUGUGUCCCUUACCCCACCCAUGAAUGUGCCAAACCAGCCUCUAGGACAUGGAUGGAUGUCUCAUGAGGACUUACGAGCUAGAGGACCCCAGUGCAUCCCUUCCGAUCAUGCCCCCCUGUCUCCACAAAGCAGUGUAGCCUCUUCGGGAAGUGGUGGGAGUGAACAUUUAGAAGAUCAGCCUUCCGCUCGUAACACAUUCCAGGAGGAAGGGAGUGGGAUGAAAGAUGUUCCAGCCUGGCUGAAGAGUCUCCGUCUGCACAAGUAUGCGGCUCUCUUUUCCCAGAUGACAUACGAGGAAAUGAUGGCGCUCACCGAAUGCCAGCUCGAGGCACAAAACGUUACCAAAGGUGCAAGACACAAAAUAGUCAUCAGUAUCCAAAAGCUAAAAGAGAGACAAAACCUUCUCAAAUCUUUAGAACGGGACAUCCUGGAAGGUGGCAACUUACGUGUCCCACUGCAGGAACUACACCAAAUGAUCCUCACCCCCAUCAAAGCUUACUGUUCCCAAAACUCGAACGCGGAUGAGCACAGCCGGGACCCGGACUCGCAUCAUCCCUCUUCCCUCAUCGGCUCAGACAGCCAAGGGUCUGACUGCAAGGACUCUGCUGCAGGGGGGAUGCAACAGCACCAUUUGCCAGGAUGUGAGGGCGAGUCUGGGGGGGCCCCUUUGCCCGAAGGCGAUCUGCCUGGACAGUUCACAAGAGUGAUGGGGAAAGUAUGUACACAACUUUUAGUUUCCAGACCCGAUGAAGAGAAUAUAAGUUCCUAUUUACAGCUCAUAGACAAAUGUCUAAUUCAUGAGGCAUUUACGGAGAUACAGAAGAAAAGGCUGUUGUCGUGGAAACAGCAGGUGCAGAAACUCUUCCGGUCUUUCCCUCGGAAAUCCCUCCUGGAGCUGUCGGGCUAUCGGCAGCAGCGGAGCCGAGGCUUUGGCCAGUCGAACUCCUUGCCGACAGCUGGAUCUGCAGGUGCAGGAAUGGGCAGACGAAACCCCCGGCAGUUCCAGAUCCCCUCCCGCAACCUCCCCACCGCCAGGCUGGGGCUGCUGGGGCCCGGCGGGCUGCUGGGCACGGCGCAGCGCAGCGCCGCCGCCAGCCCCGCCAUCCUCAAGCAAGGCAGGCAGAACCUCUGGUUUGCCAACCCCGGGGGCAGCAACAGCAUGCCCAGCCGGACGCACAGCUCGGUGCAGAGGACGCGCUCGCUGCCGGUGCACACCUCCCCGCAGACCAUGCUGAUGUUCCAGCAGCCAGAGUUCCCGGUGCCGGUGACGGAACCCGACAUCAACAACAGGCUGGAGUCCCUGUGCCUGAGCAUGACGGAGCACGCGCUCAGCGAUGGUGUCGACCGGACCUCCACGAUCUAGGAGGGGAGCGCGACGGCCGCGGGCCCGGCGGCGAGGCGCAGGCGAGCGCCGGCUCCUCGGCGGCGGCUCGCACCUUCCCGCUCGCUCUUCCUCGCGCCCGUUUUAAUUUUGUGACCGUGUAGCUUGUCCUCGUGAACAUACCAUUCGCCUUGGAAUUUGUGUUGUCAUUUAUUACAUCCAUGCUGGCUGGGGUGGGGGGAGACAACGACAAAAAAAAGAAAAAAAAAUAUAUAUAUAUAUAUAUAAAUCUCACAGAGACGCAUGGGGAGGGUGACGGGAGGGUUCACAGCAGGUGAAAGUGUGGAAAAAAAGAAGAAGAAGAAAAAAAAAAGAGGCAUUGCAAGAGCACCGUGGGCAAACUCUGUUUCUGAACGUGGGCGGGCGGCGCGGCGGAGCGGCGGAGCGGGGCGCCCGGCCCCGGCCUCGGCCUUUUCCAAAAAUAUAUAUAUAAUAAAAAUAAUAAAAAUAAUAAUAACCCCUCCAAAAAAUACCCCCAACCCCCACCCCCGUCCUUUUCGUCUUCCUAAAAGUCCCAUCUCCUAUUCCGCGGCGUUUGCAGCGGCAUCCAAAAAGGGCAAAAAAAAAAAAAAAUAGAGCAAAAAAAAAAAAAUAGAAUAAUAAUAAUAGGAAGCCGGUCCUGCGGCAGCAAGGGCGGUUCGGCCGCGUGCGCCGGCGGCGCGGGGCCGGGCAGCUCCGGGCUGCCCCAGAGGCCUCGCGCAUCGGGAAUUUCUAUUUAUUCCUUCGCUGAACAGAGAAGCAGAGGUUUUCCAGAUUGCCAGAUACCUUAUUUUGGAUAUGUGACUUCUUAACUCGCUGUGGCUGGUGACCAUGAUGAUGUCUGUUAUUAACGAUCGCCAAACACUUCCGUUUUUCCUUUUUUUCUCUUUUUUUUUAUUAUUUCUUUUUCCAUCAACAGUGUAUAGGUUAAUAACUACUUAGUUGUGUUUGCUGUUUCUUGUUUUUGAUUUAAAAAAAAAAAAAGGCUUUGGUUAUGAUUUGGAAGUCCUUCCUGGCUCUGUCUGAGGCCUGUGUUGAGUGCAGGUGACAGAGCUCCAUUAAUAAUAAAAAAAGGCAAAAAAAAAAAAAAAAAAAAAAAAUCAAAUCCUAAAAUAACAUAAAAAUUAUUUAUAUAUAAAAAAAGAACAAACAAAAAAAAAAAAAAAGACGGUUGCAUGAAUGAGGCUGUGAAGUCAGAUAUUUAGUAAUAAAGCGGCAGUGCCUUUCUUUUUUGUAUUUACCCAUUUCCUCCCCCCGACGCCACCGCUUGGCGGCUGCCGCCCGCUCGCACCGGGCCGACGCCGCGGUUCCCUUCGCGCCCGCCGGCCGCGCGUCCCGGCCGCCUCCGGGGGCUCCGGGCGGCGCGGGGCAUCGCCGGACGCUGCUGGCCGGCGCCGUGCCGCUUGGCCCGGCUCGGCUCGGCUCGGCUCAGGGCAGGCGGGCUCAGCCCAGCCCGGCUCGGCCCAGCCUGGCUCAGUUCAGCCCCGCUCAGCUCGGCCCAGCCUGACUCGGCCCAGCUCGGCUUGGCCCAGCUCGGCCCGGCUCGGCUCGGCUCGGCACAGCCCGGCCCAGCAGGCUCCGCGCGGCCGCCGAGGGGACCGCGCGUUCCUGGUGAGGCGGCCGGGGCUCGGGGGGCGCCGGGGGUCCCCGCGGGCCCCUCCGCCCGCGGCCGGGGCCCUGCUGGGGCUGCUGAAUGUGCCUGAGGAAGAGCAGAGCCUGCAGAGGUAUAAUUUGCACACAGCUAUGAGAACACUAAAGUUGAUUUUAUACAAGUCAUCAAGAGUUUGCAAAGUGAGUUUUAUUUUUUGUAUUCCUUUAUCUUUACUUAAAGGUGAAUGUGUAUUCCUCUGGGAGGAAUAGGAAGAAAAAAAACAAAAAAAAAAAAAAAAAAACAGGAAUGUUAAUAAUAUGUUAAACAGAAUACUUCCUCCCUUAUUAAUAUAUAACCCUUAUGUAUUUAUGCCUAUUGUAAGCUUCCUUUAAACAGCUUUGCCCUCUCUUCUGUUGCAUGCCGGUCCGGGCAGCCCUUUCUCGUCCAUGCAUGCCUUUAGUCCCGUUUUGUUUGGGUUUUUUUUUUUUUUUUUCUUUUCCCUGUACAAAAAGUUAGUGCACAAAAAAAAAGAAAUAUUUUUGCCUAGUUAAUGUUGCCAAGCAAUGCCUAUUUUUUAAAAUUUGUCAUAUACGGAAAUAGCAUGUUUGUUACAUGUAAAAGCUUCCCGAUAUAAAGAAACACUCAUGUUUGGAGACGCUGGUCUUUGCAAGUGUACAGUUUUCAAAUGUUGUUACCGGUGAAACACCCUUGUGAUUUCAACUUGCUACGAUGUAUUUAUUACUCAUUUCCUCCCAUGUAACUAGGAAUAUCAUGGCUAUAUUUCAUAUCAACGUUAUAUUGAAAGUGAAGGGAGAUGAUUAAUACAAGGUUUUGUAACA